GCGGCCAUGGUUCACGGGCCCAGCCGCUCCUCGGCAUGUGGGAUCCUCCCGGACCGGGGCACGAACCCGUGUCCCCUGCAUCGGCAGGCGGACUCUCAACCACUGCGUCACCAGGGAAGCCCCAAAAUUUUAUUUUUUUAAGGAAGGUGGUGUGUAGUAAUUUGAUAAAAUUCCUGGCAAAGCAUAGUCAUGUUUACAUCUUAAGUGCAAACAGACAAGAUACUGGAGGGCUAUUCGAGGCAGAUAUUAAUGGCUGUGAAUUUUAGUUGGAAUUAAAAGAUUAUGUCCAUGGCAUUCAGUAAUCUAGUGCAGUGCUUUCAAAGGCUUUCUUACUCUUCUGGAUAACUCCAUUAACCAAAAGUUUGUUAAGCUUUAUUUUCUGUAGAUUCUUAUAUAGAUGAUGUUAAAUGCUUUUUCAAACUACACCCUCUGUCUCCUUGAAUAAUAAUAAGAGAACGUAACAUUUAUCGAGCCCUUUACUACCCCCCAGGCACUGAGUUAAGUAUUAUAUAUUUAUUAAUCUGUUUAAUCUUCACUACAACCCUAUGUAGUGGGUACUAUGAAAUCUAUGUUUUAAAGGUGAGGAAACAGUGGGAAAGAGAAGUUAGACAUAUGCUAAGUGGCUAAUCCAGAAUUCGAACCCAGACAUUCUGGUUCCAGAGUCCACACUCUUAAUGCUAUACUUCAGCUGCCUCUGGUCUAAGGGUAGUAAAUGGAGAAGGAGCAGCGUGGGGUUUUUUUUUCCCCCACUUGUGGUAAAACAUAUAUAAUGUAAAAUUUAUGAUUUUAUCUAUUUUUUAAAUGUACAAUUCAGUGAUAUUAAGUACAUACACAUUGUUGUGCAGUCAUCACCAUCAUCCACAUUUUGUUUAUCUAUUCAUAUGUUGAUAGACGUUUGGGUCGUUUCCACUUCUUGGCUAUUGUGAGUAAUGCGGCUGUGAACAUGGGUGUAUAAAUAUCUCUUCAAGUACUUGCUUUGAAUUCUUUUGGAUAUAUACCCAGAAGUGGAAUUGCUAGGUCAUAUGGUAAUUUUAUGUUUAAUUUUUGGAGGAAGCAGCAAUGUGCUUUUUUUUUUAAAAUAUUUAUUUAUUUGGUUGCAUUGGGUCUUAGUUGUGGCACGCAGGAUCUUUGUUGCCGCAUGAGGGAUCUUAAGUUGCGGCAUGCAAACCCUUUGUUGCCGCAUGUGGGAUCUAGUUCCCUGAUCAGGGAUCAAACCCAGGCCCCCUGCAUUGGGAGUGUGGAGUCUUAGCCACUGGACCACCAGGGAAGUCCCCAGCAAUGUGCUUUUGAAAGCACAUUGGGGGAAAAGAUUGGGAUUCAGGUUCUAAAGGUAAAUUGAGUCAACAUGCAUUCUUUUUUAAAAUUUAUUUAUUUGGCUGUGUUGGGUCUUAGUUGUAGCACGUGGGAUCUUUCAUUGUGGUGUGCAGGCUUCUCUCUGGUUGUGGUGCGCAGGCUCCAGAGCACGUGGGCUCAGUAGUUGCAGCGUGAGGGCUUAUUUGCCCAGUGGCAUGUGGGAUCUUAGUUCCCUGACCAGGGAUUGAAUCCGCAUCUCCUUUAUUGGAAGGUGGAUUCUUAACCACUUGACCACCAGCGAAGUCCCUCAGCAUGCGUUCUUUUUUUUUUCCUCUUAAUUUAUUUAAUUAAUUUAUUCUUGGCUGCAUUGGGUCUUCGUUGUUGUGCAUGGGCUUUCUCUAGUUGCGGUGAGCGGGGGCUACUCUCCGUUGCGGUGCGCGGGCUUCUCAUUGCAGUGGCUUCUCUUUGUUGCGGAGCACAGGCUCUUGGCGUGUGGGCUUCAGUAGUUGUGGCUCGCAGGCUCUAGAGCACAGGCUCAGUAGUUGUGGCGCAUGGACUUAGUUGCUCUACGGCAUGUGGGAUCUUCCCCGACCACGGCUUGAACCUGUGUCCCCUGCAUUGGCAGGCAGAUUCCUAACCAUUGCGCCACCAGGGAAGCCCUCAACAUGCAUUCUUGACCACCUUUUUUUUUAAUUGAAGUAUAGUUGAUGUACAAUAUUAUGUAAGUUUCAGGUGUACAACAGUGAUUCACAAUUUUAAAGGUUAUUGAGCAUCUAAAAUAGCUCUGGACUGACACAGGAAGAGUCUCUGUUCCCAAGAAGUUUACAGUCUUAGAAGGAAAGGUAAAUAUACAUAUAAUAUAAUUUUACUACACAUCAGUGUAGGUUGAGUGCAUAAGAGUCAAGUGCAAAGAGCUGUAAGGAAUUCAGAGGAGAGCCCACCUUUUGGUGGGAAGAGGAAGAGGGGACACUGAAUGAGAAACAGGAGGGAGGAGUCUGAAAUCAUACAUCUAGUUUAAGGGAGUUGUUAGGCUCAAAAUACCCCCAGAGAGUGCUUUGGAAUGUUAGAAGGGGUGGCAUUGUAUUGAAAAUGGCACAUGAAUUGUCUCUCUUCCAGAGUUUGUGCAUCCUGUUCUCUUCAGUUCGCAGAUGUGAUUGCUUCUACUGCGUUGGAAGUCCUGCUGGUAUCCUCCAGGUGCCAGGCUUAUUGACUUGCAGGCUGUUGAAGGAUAUAUGGAGCCACAGUCUCUUGUCUGCAGCUCUGAAAUGCAAGAAUUUUUGUUUGUUUGUUUUUUGGUUUUGUAGUGCAUCCCUGAGCAUGAGUGCAGAAUGAAGCGACGUUUGGAUGACCAGGAGUCACCGGUGUAUGCGGCCCAGCAGCGUCGGAUCCCUGGUAGCACAGAGGCUUUUCCUCACCAGCACCGGGUGCUUGCCCCUGCCCCUCCUGUGUAUGAAGCGGUGUCUGAGACCAUGCAGUCAGCCACAGGAAUUCAGUACUCUGUGACACCUAGUUACCAGGUUUCAGCCGUUCCACAGAGCUCCGGCAGUCAUGGGCCCACCAUAGCAGCAGUUCAUAGCAGCCAUCAUCACCCAACAGCUGUGCAGCCCCAUGGAGGCCAGGUGGUCCAGAGUCAUGCUCAUCCAGCUCCACCAGUUGCACCAGUGCAGGGGCAGCAGCAGUUUCAGAGGCUCAAGGUGGAGGAUGCACUAUCCUAUCUUGACCAAGUGAAGCUGCAGUUUGGUAGUCAGCCUCAGGUCUACAAUGAUUUCCUUGACAUCAUGAAGGAAUUUAAAUCUCAGAGCAUCGACACUCCAGGAGUGAUUAGUCGUGUGUCCCAGCUGUUCAAAGGCCACCCUGACUUGAUCAUGGGCUUCAAUACCUUCUUGCCUCCUGGCUACAAGAUUGAGGUGCAAACCAAUGACAUGGUGAAUGUGACAACUCCUGGCCAGGUUCAUCAGAUUCCAACCCAUGGCAUCCAGCCCCAGCCUCAACCACCACCCCAACAUCCUUCCCAGCCUUCAGCCCAGUCAGCCCCAGCUCCUGCCCAGCCAGCUCCUCAGCCCCCACCUGCCAAAGUCAGCAAGCCUUCCCAACUACAAGCACAUACUCCAGCCAGUCAGCAGACUCCCCCACUCCCACCAUAUGCGUCCCCACGUUCUCCACCUGUCCAGCCUCAUACACCAGUGACAAUCUCGUUGGGAACAGCCCCGCCCUUGCAGAACAAUCAACCUGUGGAGUUUAACCAUGCCAUCAACUAUGUCAAUAAGAUCAAGAACAGGUUCCAGGGCCAACCAGACAUCUACAAAGCGUUCCUGGAGAUUUUGCACACAUACCAGAAAGAGCAGCGGAAUGCCAAGGAAGCUGGAGGAAACUACACUCCAGCGUUGACUGAGCAGGAGGUGUAUGCCCAGGUGGCUCGCCUUUUUAAAAAUCAGGAAGACCUGUUAUCAGAGUUUGGACAGUUCCUACCAGAUGCCAACAGCUCUGUGCUUUUAAGCAAAACAACUGCUGAGAAGGUCGAUUCUGUGAGAAAUGACCAUGGAGGCACUGUGAAGAAACCUCAACUGAACAACAAGCCGCAGAGGCCCAGCCAGAAUGGCUGCCAGAUCCGCAGGCACUCUGGAACGGGAGCCACCCCUCCAGUGAAGAAGAAACCCAAACUGCUCAGCCUCAAGGAUUCUUCUAUGGCAGAUGCCAGCAAACAUGGUGUAGGAACGGAAUCAUUAUUUUUUGAUAAGGUCCGAAAGGCUCUGCGGAGUGCAGAGGCCUAUGAAAAUUUCCUGCGCUGUCUUGUUAUCUUUAACCAGGAGGUGAUCUCUCGGGCGGAGCUUGUGCAGUUAGUCUCUCCGUUCCUGGGGAAAUUCCCAGAAUUGUUUAAUUGGUUUAAAAACUUUCUGGGCUAUAAGGAGUCUGUACAUCUGGAAACCUUUCCAAAGGAACGAGCCACAGAGGGCAUUGCCAUGGAGAUAGAUUAUGCCUCUUGUAAACGGUUGGGCUCCAGCUAUCGAGCCCUGCCAAAGAGUUACCAGCAGCCCAAGUGUACAGGACGGACUCCUCUCUGUAAAGAGGUUUUAAAUGAUACCUGGGUUUCCUUCCCCUCCUGGUCUGAGGACUCCACCUUUGUUAGUUCCAAGAAAACUCAGUAUGAAGAACAUAUCUAUCGUUGUGAAGAUGAACGUUUUGAGCUUGAUGUAGUUUUAGAGACUAAUCUGGCAACGAUCCGGGUUUUGGAAGCAAUACAGAAGAAGCUUUCCCGCUUGUCUGCUGAGGAACAAGCCAAAUUUCGCUUGGACAACACCCUCGGGGGCACAUCAGAAGUCAUCCAUCGAAAAGCCCUCCAAAGGAUAUAUGCUGAUAAAGCAGCUGACAUCAUUGAUGGUCUGAGGAAGAACCCCUCCAUUGCCGUCCCAAUUGUCCUUAAAAGGUUGAAAAUGAAAGAGGAAGAAUGGCGAGAAGCUCAGAGAGGCUUUAACAAGGUGUGGAGAGAGCAAAAUGAGAAAUACUACUUGAAAUCUCUGGACCACCAAGGCAUCAACUUUAAACAAAAUGACACCAAGGUCCUGAGGUCUAAGAGCUUACUCAACGAGAUUGAGAGUAUCUAUGAUGAGAGGCAAGAGCAGGCUACGGAAGAAAAUGCUGGUGUACCUGUUGGCCCACACCUCUCACUUGCCUACGAAGACAAACAGAUUCUGGAAGAUGCUGCUGCUCUGAUUAUCCACCAUGUGAAGAGGCAGACAGGCAUUCAGAAGGAGGACAAAUAUAAAAUCAAGCAAAUCAUGCAUCAUUUUAUUCCAGAUCUGCUCUUUGCUCAGAGAGGUGAUCUCUCGGAUGUAGAGGAAGAGGAAGAAGAAGAGAUGGAUGUAGAUGAAGCCACAGGGGCGGCUAAGAAGCACAAUGGUGUUGGGGGCAGUCCCCCUAAGUCCAAGCUACUGUUCAGUAACACAGCAGCUCAGAAGUUAAGAGGGAUGGAUGAAGUAUACAACCUCUUCUAUGUUAAUAAUAACUGGUAUAUCUUUAUGCGACUGCACCAGAUACUCUGCUUGAGGCUGCUGCGGAUUUGUUCCCAGGCUGAACGGCAAAUUGAAGAAGAAAACCGAGAGAGAGAGUGGGAACGGGAAGUGUUGGGCAUAAAGCGAGACAAGAGUGACAGCCCCGCCAUCCAGCUACGUCUCAAAGAACCUAUGGACGUUGAUGUAGAAGAUUAUUACCCAGCUUUCCUGGAUAUGGUGCGGAGCCUGCUGGAUGGCAACAUAGACUCUUCACAGUAUGAAGAUUCGCUAAGAGAGAUGUUUACCAUUCAUGCCUACAUUGCCUUUACCAUGGACAAACUCAUCCAGAGCAUUGUCAGACAGCUGCAGCACAUCGUGAGUGAUGAGAUCUGUGUACAAGUGACUGACCUGUACCUGGCGGAAAACAAUAAUGGGGCCACUGGAGGCCAGCUGAAUACACAGACCUCAAGGAGCCUCCUGGAGUCAACAUAUCAGCGGAAGGCUGAGCAGCUCAUGUCAGAUGAGAAUUGCUUUAAGCUUAUGUUCAUUCAGAGCCAAGGCCAGGUUCAGCUGACCAUCGAGCUUUUGGACACGGAAGAGGAGAACUCGGAUGACCCUGUAGAAGCAGAGCGCUGGUCAGACUAUGUGGAGCGAUACAUGAAUUCUGAUACUACCUCUCCUGAGCUUCGUGAGCACCUGGCACGGAAACCAGUGUUUCUCCCACGGAAUCUGCGGCGGAUCCGGAAGUGUCAGCGUGGUCGAGAACAGCAGGAAAAGGAAGGGAAGGAAGGGAACAGCAAGAAGACCAUGGAGAAUGCGGAUAGCCUGGAUAAGCUGGAGUGUAGGUUCAAGCUGAAUUCCUAUAAGAUGGUAUAUGUGAUCAAGUCAGAGGACUACAUGUAUCGGAGGACCGCCUUGCUCCGGGCUCAUCAGUCCCAUGAGCGGGUAAGCAAGCGGCUACAUCAGAGGUUCCAGGCCUGGGUAGAUAAAUGGACCAAGGAGCAUGUGCCCCGUGAAAUGGCAGCGGAGACCAGCAAGUGGCUCAUGGGUGAGGGGCUGGAGGGCCUGGUGCCCUGCACCACCACCUGUGACACAGAGACCCUGCACUUUGUGAGCAUUAACAAGUACCGUGUCAAAUAUGGCACAGUGUUCAAAGCCCCAUAACUGCAGAGCCAGAGCAGAUAACUUGAGGGGUGUGUGUGUGUUGGGGGGGGCACGUGUACUCGCACACACUGAAGAAACAAGGAAGAUGCCUUUCAAGCCUCACUGGGCCUCUCUGGGACAUGGCCACCUGAUCUGUGUGUGGCUGGUGCAACCUGGCACCAAGUGGGCUACAUAUAAGGAACGUGGAUACCUUACAAAGCUGGAGCUGGAACUUUUCCCAGGGGUUUUGGGCAUUACCCUGCCCUGGAGGGGAAGAAAUCCAUGCAAGCACAGGGAUAUGCAGCUUGCUUGCACACACCAGCAGAGCUAAGACUGCAGCCUCCUGGGGCCUGACCUUCAGUGAGGGAACCGGAUGCUGUUCACACCUUGAUUGGAUGGGCGAGCAUUGACUGACAGACUGGGGAAGGACUCAAUGCUUAGAUGGAUUGUAACUCUGAUGGUCACUGCUCCUUUCCUCUUCCCCCCCAAAAGGAAAAAAAACUGUAUUGGAUUUUUUUUUCCUGGUCACUUGAGCACAUCUAGAUCACCCAUUAAGAUUUUCUCUGGGACCUGCAGUUUGGCUUUGGGAUUGAUCAUCUUGUGGAUUUGAUUCCUGACGAAUCCCUUGCUGCCCACCCGUUAUUCUCUCCUCUGGUUCUCAACCUCAACAAGUUCAAAUCAGUCGUCCUUUUUAGCUCCCGUGGAACUGUUUUGUACCUGCUUCUUUACUAGUCUACCCUAGUGCCAUCCACCAGCUUUACUCACUCACACACACACACACACACAAACACACACACAGUUUUAACUUGGUUUUUCUUUUUUUUUUGUAAAUAAUGUACAUACUGUCAAUUUUUUAUUAAAAGAAAUAUGCUUUGAUGUGCUAGCAUAACUGCUCUAGCUCCUUGUGUACCAUAGUUCUAUGUGGCUUCAGAUUUAGUACCUAUGAACAGAUGUACAAGACAUUUAUUACACUUUUUACCAAAGGGAGUUACCGUUGUAGUACUUUUGUGUAAAACUUGUCUUCCCCUUGCCCCAACUUUUUUUUUUUUUUUUUUUUGUAAAUAAAUAAAGCUUGGUUCUUACUUAAGGAAUAAACUCUCAACCCAAGUCCCUUGUCCUCACCAGAGAACUACUGUGAAGCAGGGAUUUUGGCUUCAGUUCCUUAUCUACGGUACAAACAGGAUUUUGCUUUAAAUAGUUAGCAGUCAGUUGUAUGUGUUCCAAAUCAAAAUAUCUUAAAUUUUUUAAAUAGAAUUAUUCAUUCUUUUAGUACGUGUUUUCCCCCCUUAUUUCAGCUGUUUGGAAAUAUUUUAUAUUUGGGUAAGUUGUGCAGCUAUGUAGUUUGUACUUUUCUGUAUUUUUUCUUAUCCUUAUUGGAAAUGGGAGUGAACAGCUUAAAUACCAAACCAGUGUUUGAAAGAAGUGUGUACAGAGUGUGUGGUAUAAAUGGGGCUGGGAGGGAGAUUCAAUACAUUUCGUUAGCAACUGCAAAUGGAAUAUAUACAUAUAUAUUUUUUUAAAUUACAUAAAUUUAAACUGGCAGAUAUUUAAACUUGACUGAUUAGGAUUUUUAUAUGUGGUCAGCCUGGACUUUCUGAACAAAGACCAACUGAGCCCCUCCCAGUACUCUGGUGAAUUUUUCUCCAGCAACCAUUACCCUAGUCAUAGCUGUAAAGUAACCAGCAGUGAUUUGUGUGGUUUUGUUUGCUUUUUAAUUAAAAAUUCCCAACAUCACCACCACAAAACCACAAAUUUUUUGGCUCUGGACUUUCAUAACACAUGGUAGACUUUUCCGAUUUUAGAGUUUUUUGUUGGGUGUGGUGGGGAGCAGUGGAGGGAUGGGACAACUACAGGAGACUCAGAGCCCAAAAGUGUAGGGUGGCAAAAGAGCCUUGUGGGAGGAGAUUCUCUGGUGAAGCUGGGGCCAAUGCCUGACUUGGGAGAUGGAGUGAUACUGACUGGGGGGGAAGAUCUUCAGGUUUUCCCAGCAAUAACUCACCUCUGCUUGCUUAAGACCAUGUUGAAUUGGAAUUACGGCCGGGGUGGGUUGGGGGGGCACUGAUGGGACCUGACCAGGGGCAGCCCCAGCUGUUGCUGUCUCUGCAUAGGGUUACGCCCAGAGCAGCUGCUUGCAGGUCAGGAUAGGGUUUCAGGGCCAAUAGAGGAGAAAACCCCAUCCUACCAGUGCAACCAAAAGAAGGGGGAGCUUCACUGACAGCCAGGGUUUCACAAACAGCAUUUAUAUCCCUCCUGCCAUCUGAGCUCCAAGCUCAACUCAGCCUGUCUUAUAGCAGGAAGUUAUAUUUUAAAUCUCGUUCGGUAUUCUGUACUUAAUCACCUUUCCCUAUGAUUUGCAUUUG